AUGUCUGCAGAACCCGAACAACUGCGAAAAAUUUUUGUUGGUGGACUUAACCGUCGGACAAGCGAAGAAUCUUUGAAGGAAUAUUUUUCUCUAUGGGGAAAUAUCGUGGAUUGUGUUAUUAUGCGAGAAGGGAAGAACGGACCUUCGCGUGGGUUCGGUUUUGUGACAUUCGACAGCUCUCAAGCGGUGGAUGAUUGUUUAAAAGUAAAGCGACACGAACUAGAUAAUUGGGAGAUCGAGCCUAAACGAUCGGUUCCUAGAGGAGAAGUUACUUCGCGAACGCGGAAGAUUUUUGUGGGUGGACUUGCCAGCACUGCCACAGAAAAUGAUGUCGAAGAAUACUUCGGCAAGCUUUGCGCAAAGUUUGGUGUAGGGAAGGUUCUCGAUGUUGACCUAAAGAGGGAUAAAGAAAACCCCAACCGACUCCGUGGCUUUGCUUUCGUUACAUUUGACUCCGAAGAGGUCGUGGAUAAAAUUUGCUCGAUUACCAUGCAUCAGAUCAAGAUGAAGCAGUGUGAGGUGAAAAGAGCUGAAUCGCAAGCAGCUAUGAGAAAGAAAGAAGAAGAAGAGUUCAGGGUCAGUGGCCGGUCUCGUGAGUCGCGAUCAUCGCUGGACACACCCAGCUUUGGAGGUAGGAAAGUUCCUUCCCCCCCACCCCCGUUCCUUCAUUACCCUAGCAUGUUCCUGAUGGAGUCAGUUUGACAACUUCCACCCUCAUUACUUCCGGCUAAUGUUAUGCAAUGGUACUGGAAUUUCCGUCACUCGUGUCCCCAAAUACCCUUUUACUCGGGCAUUCUUUGUUGAACAUUCAGUUGCAAAUCAUACUUGCAAACUAGCAGUGGCUUAUUGCAGAAUACCCAGCUCACUAAAAAUCUAACUUAGAAAACCGCUCCCACAGUCCUCCAGUCGUCCGAUUAAUUGCAUAAUAAAUUCUGCACAUUUAAUGUGGAAGUGCAGGACUGCAGGAGCACCAGUAUACCUUGUUCUAUAAACUAACUAGUUACUUGACAUCCACUGUGGGAGUACAGGACUGUGGGAGCACUAGUUGUAUACGUCGUUCUUUGAACACACUAGUUACUGAACAUCGACUGCGGGAGUGCGGGACUGCAGCAGGAACACUCAUUUUAGUCACUUAGAUUGAAGUAUUCGGCAUAAUAAAACACUACUGCAGGAGCAGUUUUUCAAGUAAGACAUUAGUGGGCCAGGUAUUCUGCAAUCGCUCCCUGGUAGUGAUCUCCAUUGUGAUAUUUGGGCUAUGAUACAGCAACCUCUUCUCACUCCCUGCAUGCUGCUGGGGACAUUUCUCAAGCAGUAGAGUGUGAUGAGAGGCAGCAAGAUUGCAGGCUAGCUGAUAUUUGUCCACGUAAAAUUGGCAUUACAGCUGCAGCAUUGUAGCGAUCAUCCAUUUAUUGAUGAACCAAUUAGAUCAGGAAUAGGGUGGACAAAGAACCACUUUGUGGAUGUGCUACCUCCAAAUCAUUAUUAUUAUUAUUAUUAUUAUUAUUAUUAUUAUUAUUAUUUAUUUACACCUUUGGUCUUCACCACAACUGGCGGAAUGGGAAAGGAGUGCUUGAAGUAUCAUAGCCGUUUAGCACAGCUGAUUGCCAUCAAAAAAGGGGAGCAGUAUGCCAAAACUAUCUCAUGGAUCAGAACGAGAACCUCAUUCGCACUCUUGAGAUCUGCGUUGGUUUGUCUUCGAGGCUCUAGGACAAGAAGAGUGCUAUGUGACAUUAAGAAUGUUGAUAUCGACAUCGAAGUUGUUGAAGGAGCCAUUAAAUCGGACUAUUGAUGUGUUUCCUUACUUUAUGUAUAUCUUUUUAUUUCAUUAUUAUUAUUACUAUUUUUUUGUUUUUAGCAGUUGAAAGAAACUUUUGAAUUUUAGAGGUUGACAGUUUUUUUUUAUUAUUGAAAUGAAAUGUUUUUAAUUCGAAAAAAUUUUUCUUCGUUACAUUAAUUUUUUUUAAGCUAAAUUAAGUGCUUUUUAAUUCGACAGGAAUUGUAAAUAGUGUUUUUGAAUGAAUAGUUUUUCCUUUUUUUUUUUUAAGCGAAUUAAUUGUAAAUAGGAUUUUAAUAGUUAGCAUUGUUGUUAAUAAAAUUUCUUCUUCUAUUAUUAUUAUUAUUAUUAUUAUUAUUAUUAUUAUUAAUAUUUUGCUUGAGUUUGAGACUGUAUCCUAACAUCAUGCAGCGUGCACUCAACAAAGAUGUUACUUGAUUCAUGCAGAGUCUUUCUCAAGUACGCCAAAAUCGAGCAAAAUGAAAGAAAAGCUCCGCUGGCUGGGCGUAAUGGUGCAAGAAAUGUUAGAUGGGGCAGCCAAAACAAAGCCUCCAUAAUUUCUGAAGAUAUGUUGCUGUAUGGACUCUAUAAUGGAAACAUUUUUAAUUUUUACAGGUUUUCCCAUGAACUGGGGUCUGGGUGCUGGAUUUGGUGGAAUGAAUCAAGGAUUUGGGAAUUCAGGUGGAAGAGGUGAGACUACUGUCAACUCUCUCGAAGACAAAAACCUUUAGGACCAGUACUAAGUGUUUGUCGUAUAGAGAUGUCCAUCUUCGUAUAGAGAUAUCCAUCUUAUAGAAAACCAAAUAAAGGGAGUAAAGAAAGGCAGAGACCAACUCUAGGUGUCUGUCUUAUAGAGGUGUCUGUCUCAUAGAGAGUCAAAUAAAGGGAGUAAAGAAAGGCUGGGAUCAAAUCUAGGUGUCCAUUUUACAAAGGUGUCCAUCUCAUAGAGGUGUCCAUUAAGAGAGAGUCGACUGUAUAUACAUGUGUAUGUAAACUACUGAAACUUGUGUAAAGCACUGAUUGUGAAAAAAAUUUAAAUUCUCCUUUGUUGUCAAUGACUUGAGUUAGAUGUAUGGUGGUCUACUGGUUAGUGUACUGGACUCUGUAUGAAAAGGUUCAGGUUCAAGCCCUGAUGUCUGGGUCACUGAGUUGUGUUGUUGGGCUAAGAUACUUACAUAUCACCUCACUCCUUCUGGGUGUAUUUAUAAGUGGUCAGUUUGACAAAAAUCUCAUGGCAGGUUCCAUUUCAUAGUGAUAAUCUUAAGGAGGAAAGAACAUCUGCAAAAGAGUUACAUUAUUUUAUGAAGAGUUGUUCUUAAUAAUAAAUGUUUCUUUCUUCUUUCAGGAAACUUUGGUGGUGGGGGAGGGAGUGGCAGUUUUGGAGGUGGAAGCAGUAUGGGUGGAGGUGGUGGCAACAGCAUGGGUAUGGGUAUGGGCGGCUUGGGUAUGGGUAUGGGUGGCUUCAACAGCCAAGCAGCCGCAGCAGCUCUUCUUAGUGGUGGAUUCAACCCUGCUGCCUUUGCUAACUUUAACCCCGCGUCAAUGGGAAUGGGCUCUGGUUUUGGAUUCAGUGGCAUGGGCUUUGGUGGCUUUAAUCCAGGUUUCUUUGGUGGGUUUGGAGGCUUUGGCCCAGGUAGUUUUGGUGGAGGUGGAGCUGGUGGUGGCGUUGGCGGCUCUGUAGGUGGCAGUGGCUUUGCUUCACUUGGUGGAGGUGGUUAUGGUGGAGGAGGGCGCAGUCAUAGUAGUUCCAGUAGUUAUGAAAAAGAAAACUUUGGUGACAGUCCGUAUGGCAUGGCUGACCUGAAAGGAUCUUCUGUUGGUGACCGCAAUCCUACAGGUGGAAUGUCUGUUCCAGGCGGAAGCUCUGGUGGUGGGUACGACAGCAUGAGCAACCCUUUGGCUGCUGCAUAUGGCCAUGGAAAUUUUCCGGGUGGUUUUGGUGGUUUUCCUGGGGGUAUGGGUGACUGGAGUCAGUUUCCUGGGGGAGUUGGAGGUGGUAGUUUAGGGGCUGGGGCUGGGGGAGCAUCAGCUGAUUACCAGAUAGGGAACUACAGUCAGGUGAAUUCCAGUUAUGGUCCAACGAGUCGCAUCAAUAAUCGUGGUGCCAGUGGAGUUGACAAAAAUAAUCGAGGUUACAGACCUUAUUGA